UUUCUUUGAUAAAAGAAAAAGAAAAGCUCUGUUUUGUAGGAGUUAAAAAAAGUCUCGACAUUUUUGUUUCCAUUGACUCAUAAAGUCUAAAUAUUUUGAAGUCUAUUCACUCCACACACUCAAACGACGAAACAUUCUUCGAUCAAAUGGAAGUCAACGAUAGGAAAGGAAAGGUGGAGAUGGGUUCAGGACUCUUCCCUGACUGGUCUGAGAUGACUCGGGAAUGUCUUCUCGACAUCUUCUCACGGCUGAGCCAGGAACAAAGAUGGAUCGGACCGAUGCUAGUCAGCAAGAGCUGGAUGAGCGCAUGCUAUGAUCCGUCACUCAACACGACCUUCGAUCUCGAAGAUCGGUUUCUGUCGUACCCUGAGUCAAUCAACUGGUGGACUCCCGAAUUCGAGGAUAAAGUUGAUUCCUUUUUGCAAACUGUUGUUGAUCGGAGCGAAGGUGGUCUCACAGAGAUUCGGGUCAGGCACUGUACUGAUCGCUCUCUAUCCUACGCCGCUGAGAGAUGCCCUAAACUUGAGGUGCUUUGGAUAAAGAGCUGCCCAAAUGUUACAGAUGCAUCAAUGAUGAAUAUAGCCUCCAACUGUCGAAACCUUAAAGAACUUGAUAUAAGCUACUCGUAUGGUAUAUCUCACGAGUCUCUGACGAUGUUGGGGAGGAACUGCCAGAAUCUAAAGACUCUUAAACGGAAUCAAUAUCCGAGGCUUAAUCCCCACAUGCCUACAGUUAUCGCGCCACUCGACUAUCUGGCUAGAUUUCCUAGAUACGGGAAUGCGGAGGCGGAGAUCAUUGCGAGACACAUGCCUCAGCUCAAGCACCUGGAGAUUCGAUACUCCACGUUGACUGCUCAAGGUCUUGCCUCGGUUUGUGAAAGUUGCCAGGAUCUAGAGUACAUGGACUUAUACGGGUGUAUAUCCUUGGGAAGCGAACAGAUAACCGCGUGCACCUCGAGCUUGAUUCGUUUGAGGGAGAUCAAUAAGCCUCAUUUCAACUUCCCUAUGGCUAUUCUACGCAUGUCAAUACCCGGAAAUCCGAGAGAUCAAUGAAUUGGUGAUGGGUUUAUCAGACACGCAUUUAAAAAGCUAAAGCUCCACUUCCUCUGUGACAUAUUCACUUUGUUCAUAUCUAUCUAUGUUUGAAUUAUCAAAACAGUGUGAAGCCCCUUCCUCUUAUUUAUCUACAGUGUGAAACCCCUUCCUCUUUUCUAUGUACAGUGUUAAAUUACAUUUGUAUUACAUAACAUUUAUGUUCCUCUUUGCCUAAAGUCUGAAUUUUAGUGUCAA